AUGGUUCGAAGAGUUCAGGACUACGUACGAAACUGCCUCGUGUGUUCAGCUGUGAAGCCUCACCAGGUACAACCACGAGCUUCACUCAAGCCACACACCCCUCGGGAACCAUUCGAAACUAUCAGUAUUGACAUACUUGGACCAUUCCAAGAGACUCCCAGAGGCAAUAAGUACGUUAUCAUUGUCGAGGACAUCUUCUCCAAAUGGACAGAGGCCGUACCCGCGCCAAAGGUGGACAGUAGUACCCUCAUUAGAUUCCUGGAGAACGAGAUCUUCGCGCGCUACGGCUACCCUCGAACCAUAAUAUCCGACAAUGCCCGAAUCUUCAAAGGCGAUAAGUAUGUAAGAUUGUGCCAGAGUCACGACAUCACCAUAUAUUACUCUCCGGUUUACCACCAGCAAAGCAAUCCGGUUGAAAGAAGGGUUCAAGAGCUCAAAAAGGUCAUGAGGGCUCUUUUACACAACCAACAUCGGAAGACGAACUGGGAUUUGCAACUUCCAAGAGUUCUGCAAGUUUUACGGGGACGUGUCAACGCCGCCACUGGAAUGUCACCCAGCGAGGUGCUCCUAGGGUACCGCCUCCCAAGAGAGGGAAAGUGGGAGAUUCCCGAAUACCUGGCAGAAAGACAACGGAAACAAGCAAGACCAACCCGUCUGGAGAACGUAAUUCGACGCCACCUAGAUUUUCAGAACAGAUGGGUGCCUCAUCCAAGGGAGGAUUCGGCAACACCUGGUCCCUUCAUCGUGACCAGUCAGCUGUCUCCUGAACUCUUUGGGGUUGAGAAGAAUGGCACGGUGGUGAAUAUCCACAUUGACGAUUUGAGACCUGCACCCGUUGGUAACCCAGAACCCAACGAUGCAGAGAUCUAUUUCGGGAUAGAUCUCUGCCGGGCGAUCAAAGUAUUGCGCUCCCUAACCAGUUCGGCGAAUUUUGUUGUCUCCUUGUUGACAUCUCCCAGUACCCUUCUAAAGGUAUUUGCCAAUCACACGUCAGCCAUCAGGACUUCAUUUUCCUGCAACGAUAUUCCGGGUCCCUCACCCCAUCUUUUCCUUUUGACUGAUCUUUCUUGUUCUUCGUCCCAGGUUAAGUCCAGCGUGGACACAUUAGGAGACGUCGGGGCUGAUACCGACACUCCAGAACCGGGAUCAAAACGAAACUUCGUCAAAGACUCCCUGCGCUUCACUAGCUACAUCGUUUCCAUAAUGUCCUCACCAAACGUCAUGUCUCCACCUCCCCUUCCAGUCGUUGUGCUUAGCACCCCGGACUGGUCGCCUACCAGGGGUGUUGGCCAGUAA